AUUGAAUUGAAUUUCGGAAUUUGAUUUGGAGGGCAGGGACUAGCUAGGGCUGAGGCAGUCGCAGAAGGCGAGAGAAGAUGGGGAAGAAUUUCAGAAAACGAAGCGCUCCCGCCGACGAUAAUGACGAUCCUGAAAAGCUCAGCGACGGCGAGGAAGAAAGGAGAUUGGCGCUGGAGGAGGUCAAGUUUCUUCAGAAGCAGAGGCAGAGGAAGUCUGGGAUCCCUGCCCUAACUACUGGUUUCGACGCACACCCUCUUCCUAAUGCCAAGGACAAGAACAACGACUCCGGUAAGAGCAAGAACAAGAAAGCUAGUGGCGGCCACUCUCCUGCCGGUAAUAACGCUGAAGGCGGAGGCGGCGGCGGCGGCGGCGAUGGGGAAAAUGAUGAUUGGGCUCUUACUCAGACCUUUGCUGAGGAAACUGAAGAAGCCGACGAAGAUCCGAAUAUGUUGAGUUUUAUUGAACGAGAGAUAGCAAAGAAGAAGGGCAAGAAAGUAGAAGCGCCCGAUGAAGUCGAGAAUGAAUUGCAGCGUGCUGAGGAUGAGUUGUACAAGAUACCUGACCAUCUUAAAGUGAAAAAGCGAAACUCGGAAGAGAGCUCGACUCAGUGGACUACUGGGAUUGCUGAGGUUCAGCUCCCCAUCGAAUAUAAGUUGAGAAAUAUCGAGGAGACUGAGGCUGCAAAGAAGUUUUUGCAUGAAAAGCGGCUUGUAGGACAGACAAAAUCAGAAUUUAGCAUCCCCUCAAGUUACAGUGCUGAUUAUUUCCAGCGUGGCAAGGAUUAUGCUGAAAAACUUAGAAGAGAACAUCCUGAGCUCUACAAAGACAAAAGUUCACAGGAUAAUGGUGGUGUUCCCAAACAAAAUGAUACUGGCACAGAUGCAGCAGGACAAAGGCAAGCUGCAACAGAUGAGUUCAUGCUUGAGCGCUUCCGCAAAAGAGAGCGUCACCGUGGAAUGCGGAGAUGACAUGCACCAAUCUCUACCAAGAGUAAAAUAUGAAUAGAACUUUAUGGGAAAAGAGUUGAGAAUGGGUUCUGAACUUAUCAUUCUUUGGCUUCUUUCAUGAGAGCGAUGAACCUGGAUGACCCUUUCCUGGAAGGCAUGCUUGCGCUUUCUGGUUUCUUCUGUUCAUGUUGAGUGUCAGGUCUUGCAGUGAGAAAUUGUGGUUCUGUUAUCAUCAACAAUUGCUGCCAAGCUUUGACCUUGAUUUUCUGUUUAUAUGGCAUCAUAAUGCUUUGAGUCUCUUUUAUCUCCAUGAUAUGUAAGAAAGUGUAAUUACCGUGUUCUUCACAGCAUAAUGCUCAAGGAAGAAGACUGAAUCGUUUGGUUGCCAUCCUAAUUGUCAUUUUCCUUAAAGUUAUCUUCUAAGUAUAUUUUAUAAGUAAUACUGAACAAGAUUUUUGUUUGUCUAGCUGACUUGCUAUAAAUCUAUAAUGGAUAUCAGUCUUGACCUCA